CGGCGAGGCGGAGCUUAGCGCUCUCUCUUUCCGCUGGACCCGCCAUCUUGCAGUAAGGUGCAACCAUGACCAACACAAGAGGCAAAAGGCGUGGAACGCGUUAUAUGUUCGCCAGACCCUUCCGUAAACAUGGAGUGGUUCCCCUAUCAACGUACAUGCGUAUCUACAAGAAGGGCGAUAUUGUGGACAUCAAGGGUAUGGGCGCCGUACAAAAAGGCAUGCCACAUAAAUGCUACCAUGGCAAGACUGGCCGGAUCUAUAACGUUACACAGCACGCCGUGGGUAUAAUUGUGAACAAGCAGAUCAAGGGUAAGAUCCUUGCCAAAAGAAUCAAUGUCCGUGUGGAGCACAUCCGCCACUCCAAGAGCAGAGACAGCUUCCUGCAGCGCGUCAAGGAGAACGAGAGGAAGAAAAAGGAAGCCAAGGAGAAGGGCGUCUGGGUGGAACUGAAGCGUCAGCCAGCCCAACCAAAAGCAGCUCACUUUGUCCGAAAUUAUGGAAAGGAACCUGAGCUCCUUGAGCCAAUUCCCUAUGAGUUUAUGGCAUAAUGUGUCACAAUUAAAAUAUUCUUCGUUUUGGAAGCCAAA